GCAUGCAAGCGAGAACUAUAUAAAUGCAUGCAUACAAGGUGCAAAAGAUCAGAGGGAGUAGUCCUAGUGAGGUGUGUGCAUACAAUUACUAGCACAUACACACUGUUGUUAAAGAUUAUAAGAUAGUGAUGAAGAGGAAAUUCAUUUCGGUGGUUGUUUUGGGAGUAUGUUUGGUGCUGGGAAUAUCCCAAUAUGUUGAUGCAAGAAACUUGGAGGAAAAAUCAAAGGAAGAGGUCAAGAAGCCAGAAAAUUGCUUAGAUGGAGGGUCCAUUGGUGGUGUUGGAGGAAUUGGAGAUGUGGGUGGAGGUGGUGGUGGUUUAGGAGGUGGCUAUGGAGGAGGAGCUGGAGGUGAUAGUGGUUUAGGUGGUGGAUAUGGAGGAGGAGCUGGAAGUGGUGGAGUGGGAGGACUUGGAGGUGGUAGUGGUCUAGGUGGUGGAAUUGGGGGAGGCAUUUACAAAGGAAUUGGAAUUGGAGGAGGCAUUUACAAAGGAAUUGGAUUUGGAGGGGUUGGAGGUGGUGUAGGUGCUAUUGGUGGUAUUGGUGGUGUCAUUGGUGGUUUCAAGCAUGUUGAAGCCAACAAGCCUUGAAAAAUCAAUUGAGUUAAUUACGUACGUACGUUCAAUAAUUCCAGAUUUGUGAUGAUAAUUACUAAGAUUAGUGUUUCAUUUUCACAGUUAUGGUUUGCUAUUGUUAAUUUGUUUUCUUUCUAAUGUCGUUUUGUACCCCACAAAUUUAAAUAAGUUCAAGUAUGUACUAGAUGCAUGCUUCAUUUUGCGUUCAUUUAAUGUAAAAGAUAUAUCCCAGAAAUACGGGUAUACCCGUGUCGUUCUACAUCAUUGUGUUAUAUAUAUGCCAUAUUUUACGGGUUGUAAUUGGAUUCAUGAAUUAUAGUUACUAAAUAUAUGAGAAUAUGCAUUUAUAUCUUUGA